GUGCGAAACCCUCCAAAGGGUUUUCCUGCGUCCGGAGGGGCGGCGGAUGGGGCAGGAGAGGUGAUCACCCCGGGGCUGCAGACGUAACUUCCAGCUGUGGGCGCACAGCGCUGCGCGCCUCCCCAGGUGCCGGCACACACCGGGCGUUUGCUGGCGGGGCGCUGGCCCGAGCUGGUUCGCGGCGCCUGGGUCUGGGCUGGCGAAGAAGCAGGUCUGGGGGAGAGUGUGGCUCCUUGCGCGGUUCCCUCGGAAGCAGCCCGGCGAGAUGUCAGGCCUGCUCUCCGUCUUCCUCCAUCUCUUCCUUCUCUGCAAGUUGGCGGCCCCGGUGACCUUCCGCCACCGCCGCUACGACGACCUCGUGCGGACGCUGUACAAGGUGCACAACGAGUGCCCCCACAUCACGCGUGUCUACAGCGUGGGGCGCAGCGUGAAGGGGAGACACCUCUACGUGCUGGAAUUCAGCGACUACCCUGGGAUCCACGAGCCCCUGGAACCUGAAGUCAAGUACGUGGGGAACAUGCACGGCAACGAGGUGCUGGGCCGCGAGCUGCUGCUGCAGCUGUCGGAGUUCCUGUGCGAGGAGUUCCGGAGCGCGAACCCGCGCAUCCUGCGGCUGGUCCAGGACACGCGCAUUCACAUCAUGCCGUCCAUGAACCCGGAUGGCUACGAGGUGGCGGCCGCCCAGGGCCCAGACGCUUCUGGAUAUCUGGUUGGCAGAAACAAUGCAAAUGGCGUGGACCUGAACCGCAACUUCCCCGACCUCAACACCUACAUCUACUACAAUGAGAAGUACGGAGGCCCCAACCACCACUUGCCCCUUCCAGACAACUGGAAAAGCCAGGUGGAACCCGAGACUCGGGCCGUCAUCCAGUGGAUACGCUCCCUCAACUUUGUCCUCUCAGCCAAUCUCCAUGGAGGGGCGGUGGUGGCCAAUUACCCAUAUGACAAGUCCCUGGAGCAUCGGUUCCGGGGUUACCGCCGCACUGCCAACACCCCCACGCCUGACGACAAGCUUUUCCAGAAGCUGGCCAAGGUCUACUCCUACGCACAUGGAUGGAUGCACCAUGGCUGGAACUGUGGGGAUUACUUCCCGGACGGCAUCACCAACGGGGCUUCCUGGUAUUCGCUCAGCAAGGGAAUGCAAGACUUUAACUAUCUCCAUACCAACUGCUUUGAGAUCACUCUGGAACUGAGUUGUGACAAAUUUCCCCGCCAAGAGGAAUUACAGCGCGAGUGGCUGGGUAAUCGGGAAGCCCUAAUCCAAUUCUUGGAGCAGGUACACCAAGGCAUCAAGGGAAUGGUGCUUGAUGAGAAUAAUAAUUAUCUCCCGAAGGCUGUCAUUUCUGUCAGUGGGAUUAACCAUGAUGUCACCUCAGGUGAUCACGGUGACUACUUCCGGCUGCUGCUUCCAGGCACCUACACUGUCACUGCCACGGCACCUGGGUUCGACCCAAAGACUGUGACUGUGACCGUGGGUCCCGGGGAACCCAAACAGGUUGACUUCCAACUCAAGAGAAGCACCCCUCAAGUAAGAGUCCCCAGCGCAGCACCUGGAGGCAGACUCUUACCAAAGCAAGUACAGCCCUGGGUAGCCAAGCGAAAAGAUACAGAGAUGGCAGCGGCCGAGUCCCUGCCCGAAAUCUCAGCGAUUCACUGCGGCCCAGGGAGCACUUCAGAAGGCUUUGGUCCUGCUGUCUGAUCACAUGAAGCAUUCUUUCUAUUUUAUCACCUGGGACAUAUUUAAAUAUAAACAUAUUCAGGACAAUU